AUGCGUCGAUUUAAUCCUAAAUGGUUUAAAGAGUAUGAAAGUUGGUUGGAAUAUAGUAUUGAAAAGGAUGCUGUAUAUUGUUUAUAUUGUUACCUAUUUAGACAAGAUGUUGGUAUGCAAUCUAGAGGUGACAGUUUUGUGACAAAGGGAUUCAAUAGUUGGAAUAAGAAAGAAAAGCUAGACCUACAUGUUGGAGGUGUUAAUAGUGCCCAUAACCAAGCUCUUAAGAGUGGUGAAAAUCUAAUGAAGCAAAAUCAACACAUUCAAAGUGUUUUUGUUAAGCAGUCAAAUCAAGAUAAAAUUGAAUAUCGGACUCAAUUAAAUGCAAUAAUUGAUUGCAUAAGAUUCCUUUUACAUCAGGGGUUAGCAUUUUGUGGUCAUGAUGAAUCUGAUGAUUCAAGUGAUAAAGGAAAUUUUCUUGAGCUUUUACAAUUUUUGGCAGAUCAUAAUGAUGUUAUUAAUGACGUGUUGCAGAAAACUCCAAAAAACAGCAAGCUAACCCAUCCUGAUAUUCAAAAAGAUAUUGUGAAUGCAGUUGCAUAUAAAACUACCGAUGCCAUCAUCGAAGAUCUUGGCAAUGGGUUCUUUUCAAUUUUAGUUGAUGAGUCCCGUGAUAUCUCAAUAAAAGAACAAAUGGCUGUUGUUUUGCGUUAUGUGGACAAAAAGGGAAUUGUUACAGAGCGAUUUCUUGGUAUUGUACAUGUAGCAAAUACCUCUGCUUUGUCUCUAAAAGCUGCAAUUGAAUUUUUAUUCAGUAAAUAUGCAUUGAGUUUAUCAAGACUACGUGGGCAAGGUUAUGAUGGGGCCAGUAACAUGCAAGGAGCAUUAAACUUGGGUGAACUUGAAAGUGGGCCAGGUUUGAACCAAGAGACAAGUCUUAAACGUGCUGGUGAUACACGUUGGGGAUCACAUUAUAGGACAAUCCUCAACCUGAUUUUGAUGUUCUCUUCCAUAGUUGAUGUGCUUGAGAUGAUUGAAAAGGAUAGCCUACUCUCGGAGCAAAGAGUUGAAGCUCAAUCUAUUUUAAGCAAGCAUGAUAUUUCUAUCUUGAACAUGGAAGAAAUAUUUGUAGUUGGUGUGAGGCCACGAUGCAACGCCCCACAAAUUACAAAUUUACAUCACUAUCGUGUUGAUCUAUUCUUUGAAGUCAUAGAUCUGCAACUUCAAGAGCUUAAUAAUCGUUUUUCAGAGGUGACUACUGAGUUGCUACUUUGUAUGGCUUGCUUGAAUCUAAGUGAUUCAUUUUUGGCUUUUGAUAUACAAAAAUUGACCCGUCUUGCAAAGUUUUAUCCAUCUGAUUUUUCUGAGACAGAUGUAUUGGCACUUGAUAAUCAACUUCAGACUUACAUUGUUGAUAUGCACUCCAAUGAUGAGCUUUUAGAGCUUAAAGGAAUUGGGGACCUUGCUAGAAAGAUGGUGGAGACAAAUAAGGAUGUUAUAUAUCCAGUGGAAAGAAGUUUUUCAGUAAUAAAAUAUAUCAAGAAUGAAUUGCACAAUCGAAUGGGGGAUCAGUGGUUGAAUGAUUGUUUGACUGUGUACAUUGAAAAAGAUAUAGCUUGUAGGAUUGAUAAUGAAUUUGUUAUGCAAUGGUUUCAAAAUAUGAAACCUCGUAGAAGACAAUUAUAG